UGUCUGUUGUCAGUCAGACAAAGCAGCGAUGCUAACCAUUCUCCUCUGAUUGAAGCCCUCCGACCCUGAGUACUCCAGCCAGGAGGUUUAUCGGUGAGGUGUAGUUGGAUGGUCCCGGUCUGAAGCAGGAUGUCAGAGUUCGUGGAGGAGCCGCGGUUCACCAUCGAGCAGGUGGACCUGCUGCAGCGGCUGCGGCGGUCGGGGAUGGCGCGGCGCCACAUCCUGCACGCCGUGGACACGCUGGAGCGCCUCGACCGCGAGCACGGCGACAAGUUCGGCCGCCGCCGCGCCUCCUCCUCCUCCUCCUCCUCGGGCCCCGCCCACGCCUCCUCCUCCUCCUGCAACGGCGCCGACGCCGGCCUCAACGGGGCCGAGGGCGGCGAGGGGGGCGGGGCCUCGGCCCGGGUCUCCGCCUCCACGCAGACGCUGUUCCGCCCCGGCCCCGCCCCCGCCACGCUCUCGCCGUCUCCCAGCAACAGCUUCGACCCCUCCCCUCCCCCCGCCCCCCCGCCGGCCUCCGCCCUGGUCCCCUCCUCCCCGGUCUCCAUGGCGACGCUGGCACACAACGGGCGGGAGACAGCCAAUGGGAAGCUGUCGCCGCCGCGCUACGCGCUGCACAGCGCCCUGGGGGGGCGGGGCUUCGGGUUCGACGCUGCCGAGGACGACCUGGAGGUGGACGACAAGGUGGAGGAGCUGAUGAGGAGGGACAGCAGUCUGGUGAAGGAGGAGAUCAAGGCGUUUCUGGGGAACAGGCGGAUCUCCCAGGCCGUGGUCGCCCAGGUGACCGGUAUCAGCCAGAGCCGGAUCUCCCAUUGGCUGCUGCAGCACGGCUCGGACCUGAGUGAGCAGAAGAAGAGAGCCUUCUACCGCUGGUACACGCUGGAGAAGACCAGCCCAGGUGCCACUCUGAACAUGCGGCCCGCCCCAUUGGCCCUGGAGGAGAUGGAGUGGCGCCAGACCCCGCCCCCCAUUAGCUCCGCCCCCGGAGCCUUCCGGCUUCGAAGAGGAAGUCGCUUCACCUGGAGGAAGGAGUGUCUAGCGGUGAUGGAGAGUUACUUCAACGACAACCAGUACCCCGACGAGGCCAAGCGGGAGGAGGUCGCCAACGCCUGCAACGCCGUCAUCCAGAAACCAGGUAAGAAGCUGUCUGACCUGGAGCGCGUCACGUCUCUCAAGGUGUACAACUGGUUCGCUAACCGCCGCAAGGAGAUCAAACGCCGCGCCAACAUAGAAGCCACAAUCCUGGAGAGCCACGGCAUCGAGGUGCAGUCCCCCGGGGGCCACUCCAACAGCGACGAGCUCGACGCCAACGACUUCUCAGAGCAGGCGUGUGACCUGCCCUACUUCGACAAGCGGCCCCUGAGUCGACAGUUUGGAUACUACCGCCUGGAGCCCACCUCCCCCACCCAGGACGACGGCACGGGGCCGAGCGAGCACCAGGACCCCAUCUCUCUCGCCGUGGAGAUGGCAGCUGUCAAUCACACCAUCCUGGCACUGUCCCGGGGGGGAGGAGCAGGAGUAGGAGGAGCACCACUAGGAGGAGGAGGAGGAGUAGGAAUAGGAGAGAUAAAGACCGAGACGCUGGAGGAAGAGUGACGCUGCCGCACAGGAAGUGACAUCACACAUGGAGAGAGAGCAGGGUGAACAGAGAGACUAAAACAACUCACCCUCCUCUUCCUCCUCCAAUGGGACAAUCAAAGCCCCCCCCCCCCCU